AUGUUAACAAAACUGGUAGUGGCACUGGGUGCCGUAGCCCUGUCGAUGGCAAGAGCUGAGACGAUCUUUCGCGAAACAUUUGAUGACGCUGACUGGGAGAGUAGAUGGGUGGCCUCAUCAUGGAAAUCUGCGACUGAAGUUGGCAAAUUCGAGCAGGUGGCAGGAAAACACUACACUGAAGAGGGCGAUAAGGGCAUCAAGACGAGCGAAGAUGCUCGUUUCUAUGCUUUGUCUGCUAAAUUUGACAAACCUUUUGACAACAAGGACAAGAACCUGUACCUAUCGUAUCUUGUGCAGCACGAGCAGAAGCUUGACUGUGGCGGUGCUUAUAUUAAACUGUUACCUGCCGAUGUAGACCAGGCCAAGUUUGGUGGCGAAUCUCCCUACUCUAUCAUGUUUGGUCCUGACAUCUGCGGUAACAACAAAAAGACGCAUGCUAUUCUAAACUAUGCACGUCCGGGCGAAGAUGCCGUUAACAUGGAGCACAAGGAAUCGAUUCGAACCGAGUCGGACUCGGAUGCUCACUUGUACUCGUUUGUUAUUAAGAACGAUAACACGUACGAAGUCAAGAUUGAUGGCAAAAUGAUCAAGGAAGGUAAACUUGCUGAGAAUUGGCCAUUUCAGCCCGAGAAACAGAUAAAGGAUCCAAGUGUGUCAAAACCCAAAGAUUGGGUGGAUGAGAAAACAAUCCCUGAUCCAGAAGACAAGAAACCCGAGGGAUGGGAUGACAUUCCUCGAACAAUUCCGGACCCGGACGCUGUCAAGCCCGAGGACUGGGACGAUGAUGAUGAUGGAGAGUGGGAGCCUGCAGCGAUUGACAAUCCUGAGUACAAGGGAGAGUGGGAACCAAAGAUGAUUGACAACCCCAACUACAAGGGCGAAUGGGAGCACCCGCUGAUUGACAAUCCGGACUAUUUCGAAGACGACUCUAUGUACAACGUGGCAAAGAACAUUGGGGCUAUUGGCUUUGAGCUAUGGCAGGUCAAGAGCGGUACCUUGUUUGACGAUAUUUUGGUCACUGAUAGUGAGAAGGAAUUCACGUCGCAUGAAGAGGCGUUGUUUGUCAAGAUAGAGGCAAUGGCUGCCAAGAAGAAGCAGAUUCAGGACGAGGAGAAGGCCCAGCAAGAGGCAGAGGCCAAGGCCAAGGAGGCGGAGAAGGAGAAGGAAGACGCAGAUGAAGAGGAAGCUGAUGAGGAUGAUGAAACUACCAAGGAUGCCGAAGAGGUGGAGACUAAAGAGGAGGACGACGACGCAGCGGAUGAGACUACCGAGAAAGAUGAGUUGUAG